GCUUGCCAUGCUUAAAGCAAAGCUUUGAACCAUCCCUUUCUCUCCCUCCUCCGCAUUAAAAAUCCCCAAAACAAGCAUCUUGACCUUUACAAUCCUCAAGUUUAAUCACAACCUUCUGGGGUAGGUAAUGGCUAUCUGGACACUGCUUCACCUUCUUUUCGUUCUUCUCUCAACAACUUUGGCACCAACAGCAGCAAAUACAGAAGGAGAUGCUCUAUAUGCGUUGAGGAGAGCAGUGAAGGACCCAGGAAACGUGCUCGAGAGCUGGGAUCCAACGUUGGUGGAUCCUUGCACUUGGUUUCAUGUUACCUGCGAUGGGGACGAUCGAGUCACAAGACUAGACCUUGGAAAUGCAAAGCUGUCUGGCAGUUUAGUACCUGAUUUGGGGAAGCUCGAGCGUCUUCAGUACCUGGAACUGUACAAGAAUGACUUGGUGGGUUCCAUACCUGAGGAACUUGGAGAGUUGAAGAGCCUGGUGAGCUUGGAUCUUUACCAUAACAAUCUCACCGGACCAAUCCCUGCUUCACUUUCUACCCUCACCAAUCUCAAAUUCCUGCGUCUGAAUGGUAACAGACUGACUGGAAGAAUACCGAGAGAACUUACUAAACUUGGGAACCUCAAGAUCCUUAACGUGUCGAACAACAAUUUGUGUGGUACGUUUCCCACCUCGGGUGCCUUCUCUAAAUUCUCAGAGGACAGUUUCAUGAACAACCCAAUAUUGGAAGGACCAGAACUGAUGGGAUUUGUGAGAUAUGAUGGAGGGUGUAAGUGAUAAAGCCAGAGGCAAAGCAUGUUGCCUCUUCCAUGUAUCAUCUCUUAAUAUGGGAGGGAAUAAAGACACUUGUUCACUUAUGACAGUUGCUUUGCACUUCAGACUAGAAAAGACUCAAAAAUUCUAUUCUAUGUUGAAAGAGUCAAAGUAUCAGAAUCGUGUAGUCCUUUUUCUGUAAUAUUACAGGAGAUAAUUCAAUAGCUUG